AACAGAAACAGAAGUAAACCGUCACUUCGUAAGCACAAGUCGCUGAAAUCGGUCGCACAGUCUCCCGCGUCGAGUGCCGUUGAGUGAUUUAAGCCACGAUUUCUGAGCUGGAUUGAGAACCAAGCACCCAGCACCCAAGCGCCAAGUACGAACGUAUAGUCCGAAUCCGAAUAGGCCGAGUUAGAAUCGUUUAAGCCAACACACCCUACGCUCUCGGCUCCUCGCUUCUCCGCCUCUCUUUUCAUCCGGAGCUCAAGCCAUCGUUUCGAGUCGAAACAUCGAGAGUGGGUCGUAAAUCUUCGACGCAUCCUAAAUUAUUAAAUAGCUCGCAUCGCAGCGUGCCCCUAUAUUUCACAGUUGCAGAGAGCCCCUCGGGAGGAGAACAGCCCCAAAAUUUCGAAAACAACGAAAAUGGUCUUCGACUGCGGAGUCUGGUGUGCAAAGUAUUUGCUUUGCAUAUUCAAUUUUAUAUUUUUUGUGCUAGGCACAAUUAUAUUCGGAGUCGGACUAUGGCUGGCCGUCGACAAGCACUCGCUGAUUGCUCUCCUCAAGCUAGUCGAAAGCGAACGCAUCGAGCAAUUUACACAGCCUCAGGUCAUAGAGCAACUGGCCUACGUUCUGCUCGUCAUCGGAGCUGUCAUGUUCUUCAUGAGCUUCUUGGGAUAUCUGGGGGCGAUGCGGGAAUCCCGCUGUCUGCUUUCUACGUAUGGAACCUUUUUGAUUCUCCUCCUGAUUGCUGAGAUUACGGCCGGCGGAUUGGCUGCCUUUUACAAGGACAGAGUUAGGGCUGAGAGCAAGACCUUCCUGCAGACGACCAUCACCAGCUACUCCUUGGGCGAGAACGUGGAUGCCACCUCGCUGAUGUGGAACCAGUUGAUGGGCAACUUUGGCUGCUGCGGAAUCACCGACUACCGCGACUUUGAGGCCUCGCCGGCGUGGGUGAACGGAAAGGGCAACCGCACCAUUCCGGAGGCCUGCUGCAUCCUCAAGGACGUGGCCAAGCUGGUGCCACGCGAUGAGGACUGUACCACCAAUCCCAGCGAUAGCAACAGUUUCUACAAGAAGGGCUGCUACGAGGUCUUCACCGAGUGGCUGAUUGGACAGCGUGAACUGAUCAUCGGCGUCAUCGUGGUGGGCAUCGUCCACCUGGUGCUGAUCAUCCUGGCCUUCGCCCUGUGCAAGGCAUUCGCCAAAUACAACGACAUGCGUCUGUAAAUCAGCCAGUGUUGUGAGCAUUAUCCAGAGAUAGAAGUAGUAGGAAGUAGUAGGAACGAGCCAAAACAGCAGGACAGUGAAGAGCGAUGAUCCCUCCUAGAAAUCCCCCAGAUACCGAAGAUACCGUAUAUACCGACUUACAAGAUACAACACCCUACCGAACACCGCGACGUGCUCAAGAAAUAAGAAUAAUCUGCAUUUGCCGCAUGGACCGGGUCUAA